AUGCCAGAGAAUGGAAGAUUUAGGAGAACACUGGCAAGGUUGACUCAGAAUGGAAAUUCGACCUCUUCUACAAUUUAUCAGAAUGGUAAACGAACCGGCCAUCAUGCACAGGAAACAUCAACCGUAUCAAAUAAAAAGAGAAAAGUGUCUAUUCAAUCAAAAGAGACCAAAUUGUCAGAUAUUAUCGUUGAUUUUAAUUUGGCCGUUAACGAAUUGUAUCAAUUAACAGAAUACAACUCUAUCAUAAGUUGGGACCCCAUAGAAAAUUCAAGCGCAAAUGACAGAGGUUUGAAGGCGGAAUUUGAAGAAUUUGUCAAAAAAAAUCAUUGCAAACUUGUAUGGGAUAAAGGAAUUGAGAAUGAUUCUAAUAUAGACAAUUUGCCACUAAGGUUUCAAAAGAAAAAGUUGGCAGAACAGAACAAAUUACUAGAUGACAAAUUUCUGUUUCGACAGAGUGUGCUAGCGAGCAGUAAAGUAUUAGAAGAAUCCUUAAUCAACAAAUUAAGAGAUGAAGUAAAGAUAGAGACCAUGUCUAAGGCCAUUCACUCUCACGAAAAGUCGGGAUCUAAAAUGAAAACGCCUUCGCAAACAUCAAACACAAAAACAAACAUACGGAAAAGUAGGUCAGUGACACCUAAAAGGGGAAACGAAAAUGGGUCUCGAAAGCAAACUAAUGAAGAUCAAGACGAAGUUAUUGAAUUAAGCGAUGAGAGUAAUAGAGAAGAGAUAGAGAGUGAUUUAUCUGAAUCAGAGACACAUUAUCGCAUAAAGUGCAUCAAAAAAACAGUCCCACCACCAUUAGUAACACACCCCUCUCAUAUACCGCAAUGGAGACCAGAAAAUUUGGAAGAUGGCAAUAGACAGACCGGUAGCAUUAUUCCGUUGAAAGAUCUGUCCAGUAGUAGCAAAAUUAUCAAUUUCAAACCGACACCACUAGAAAUAAUACAAUUAAAAGACGAAGUAAUAGUUGCACCAAAACUCACUGAAAAGUUACAAAAUUUUCUUAACAAUGAUUUUAAAACUCCCAUUAUUGACGAGUCAAAUUUUCCCGAUUAUAAUUUCACAAGAGAUGAGUAUGAUGCAAUCAUGUCUCAACAAGAAAACUUAUUAAAAAAGUUAUAUCACAAGGUCAACAUUGAAAAUAGCCUUGAAUUGAAUGGUGACAGGAUAGAGCGCCGCAAGGUCAUUCUUCCGCAAUCGAAUGUGAAACUCACAGAUCCUUUUAGAAAUACCUUUUCCGUCAGACCCAAAUUACAUGGUGCUGCGAAUAAUGCCACUCAUCAAGAUCAUUUGCUAGCUCAAGGUAUGGCCUUUUCCAAGGUUCAUCAACAAAUGAGGAAACAGCACCACUUACGAACUCGAAAGAUUUCGGCAAUGAUAGAUCAGCAUUUUAGAAAGAAGAAAGGAGAAAAGGAAAGACUAGCUAAAGAAAGAGAGCAAAAUCUUAAAAAAAUGAGUCGAUUGACGAUGCAGGCUGUGAAGAAAAGAUGGAAUCAGGCACAGAAAGUGUAUCAAAUUAUACAAAAUGAGAAGAAUGAAGAGUUGAAGAAGAUCAAAGGUAGAAAGCAUUUGAGUGAAAUGCUAGAACACUCCACUCAGUUAUUGGAAGCUCAACUUACUUCAUCGAGGGAACCAACGGCUGACGCCGAAAGUGAUAACGAUGACACGUCCUUCGAUGACAAUACCAAUGAUUCUGAUAAUUUCCUGUCAUCAUCAGAAGAAGGAGAAAAUACGGAACAGCAAAUGAAUGGGAAUAAAAAGCAUAAUAUAAAUGGGAAAAGUAAUGACGAGAAUGAUAUGAAUCUAUCGAUUGAAGAAUUGAGAAAGAAGUAUGCCGAUUUAGAGACUUCAGUAGAACCUUUAUCGUCUAGCGCAACUUCCGAGAAGGAAAGAGAGUCUGGAACUUCAAGUGAGGAAACCGAACUGAGUGAGGAUGAUGACACAGAUGUUACUAGAGGUCUCGCAUCGUUGUACCGGAAUGAUGAAGUCGUUGAUUUCGCGAGUACACCUUUUGAGUAUAGUGCAGAAGAGAAAAAGCUUAUUGAAGAUCUUAACCAGGAAAGUGAUUCUAGAAUGAAUUCACUAUUAGACUCAGACUCUAUUAGUUCAAUUUCCGAUAGCGAGACACUGGAAGAAGAUUCGUCUGAUACUGAAAUGGACCAACAAAGUGCUACCGAACCCCCUCAUCCGUCGGAAAGUGCGAGCAAUAGUGGACUUGCAAGUUUGUUCACCAAUGGUACAGUGUUGCUGGAUGACGAUGACGCCUCAAUUUCCAGUAAUUUUGAAAAAGAGAGUGAUGAAAACUUGAGCCUGUCCGAUAGCGAGUCUGAAGCCAAUGGAGACGGUAAAGUUGAAAAUAUUGCAUCAUCCGGUGAAGAAGACAGCAAUGUUGAAAUUGUGAAUGGGUCAAAAGUUAAAGAUGUACCUAUCCCUCUGCUUUUAAGGGGUACAUUAAGACCGUACCAGAAACAAGGUUUAAAUUGGUUGGCUAGUCUAUACAAUAACAACACCAAUGGAAUUCUUGCCGAUGAGAUGGGUUUGGGUAAAACUAUACAAACAAUAUCUUUGUUGGCGUAUUUAGCUUGUGAACAUCAUAAAUGGGGUCCGCAUUUAAUCAUAGUUCCGACUUCUGUCAUGUUGAAUUGGGAAAUGGAGUUUAAAAAAUUCGCUCCUGGAUUCAAAGUCUUGACAUAUUACGGCUCUCCCCAACAAAGAGCUCAAAAACGAAAAGGAUGGAACAAGCCCGAUGCUUUCCACGUGUGCAUUACAUCUUAUCAAUUGGUGGUACAAGAUCAACAAUCAUUCAAAAGAAGACGGUGGACAUACAUGAUAUUAGAUGAGGCCCACAAUAUUAAAAAUUUUAGGUCUACGCGAUGGAGAGCAUUGUUAAAUUUUAAUACCGAAAACAGAUUACUUUUAACUGGUACACCGUUACAGAACAAUUUGAUGGAAUUGUGGUCCUUGCUUUAUUUUCUAAUGCCGUCAUCUAAAGUAAACCAAGCAAUGCCUGAAGGAUUUGCAAAUUUGGACGAUUUUCAGCAAUGGUUCGGAAAACCGGUGGAUAAGAUACUAGAACAGACGUCAGCGGGGAGCUCCGAUUUGAUAGAUGAAAAUGAACGGACUACACAGAGAAUGGAUGAAGAGACCAGAAAUACUGUGGCUAGAUUACAUCAGGUUUUGCGUCCCUAUUUACUACGUAGAUUGAAGAAAGAUGUGGAAAAGCAAAUGCCUGGAAAAUAUGAACAUAUAGUGUAUUGUCGCUUGUCGAAACGUCAGAGAUUUCUUUAUGACGAUUUCAUGUCACGUGCGAAAACUAAGGAGACAUUAGCGUCUGGUAAUUUUCUAUCCAUUAUCAAUUGUUUGAUGCAAUUGAGAAAAGUUUGCAAUCAUCCCGAUUUAUUUGAAGUUAGACCAAUAGUUACAUCUUUUGCAAUGCCAAGAUCAAUUCCGUCAUAUUACCAGAGCACCAAUGAACUAGUGAAAAAGCUGUUCUGCAAGGAUGAAACAGUUUCGUUUCAAGCUUUAAACCUUGAUGUCACAGGGUGUGAGAAUAUGAAUUAUUUUGUAUGUCAAUCGACUGAAAUAUUGAUGACAACAGAACCAUUUCAAGACCAAAUAAGUAAACUAAAAACUUUGCUUGACGAAUUUGAGAAUUCAGACCCUAUCAAGUAUGUUAGCUACUACCAACAGCGUCGGAAUGAGGAACAAGCAGAAAUUAAGGAAAAACUAGAGCACGUCUUAUACUUGAACAAUUUGAGGUGUGGGAGAAAACCAAUUUAUGGAGAGUCAUUGCUAAGACUACUUAAAGUUAAUGCACGGGGUUUCAAUGAAGAGCCUUACAACAAGUAUUGUUUGUCAUUAUCUGAGCGAGUCGACAGGAUGAGCGAUAGUAUUGAGAAAUAUUCUAUCAUUACGCCUGCAGCCGUUGCCUUGGAUAUGAAAGACCAGUUAAUUCCAAUAUCAACCAAGCAAAGAGUUUUACAUGAAGUUGCCGAGAACAACAUUCAAAAUCCUUUCCACAAGGCACAAGUUAAGUUGUCGAUUGCGUUCCCUGACAAGACAUUAUUACAAUAUGAUUGUGGAAAAUUGCAAAAAUUGGCUACGUUGUUACAAGACUUGACCUCAAAGGGACACCGAGCGUUGAUUUUUACACAAAUGACAAAGGUGUUGGAUAUUCUAGAACAGUUCCUCAACAUUCAUGGCUAUAGAUACAUGAGAUUAGAUGGUGCAACAAAGAUUGAGGAUCGUCAGCUAUUGACUGAAAAAUUUAAUCGAGAUCCAAAAAUACCAGUGUUCAUCUUAUCGACAAGAUCAGGUGGGUUGGGAAUUAACCUAACUGGUGCAGAUACUGUGAUUUUUUAUGAUUCCGAUUGGAAUCCAGCCAUGGACAAGCAGUGCCAAGAUCGUUGUCAUAGAAUUGGUCAAGUCCGAGAUGUUCACAUUUAUAGAUUCGUUUCCGAGUACACCAUUGAGUCUAAUAUUAUCAAAAAGGCAAACCAGAAAAGACAGUUGGAUAACGUUGUUAUUCAAGAGGGAGAGUUUACUACAGAUUACUUUGGUAAAUUCUCGGUUCGCGAUUUGGUCAGCGAUAGCAAUAUUGGGAAAGAAAUAACUGAUAGGACUAUUGAUUUUUCAGGCGAUGCCAAGAUGGGUAACGUGUUAGCGCAGGCUGAAGAUGAAGAAGAUAGAGUCGCUGCUGGAGCUGCAUUAAAAGAGGUUGCUAUUGACGACGAUGAUUUUAAAGAGGAGACCAGAUCAGCUACUACAGGUGCCACUCCUGCUCCAACAGAAACUAAUGCAUUAGGUACAACAGAUGGCGACACUGGAUUUAUUGACGUUGAUUAUGAUGAUGGUAUUGGCCAUGUUGAUGAGUAUAUGUUACGGUUUAUUUCAGAUGGAUAUUAUUUAUAG